UGCUGAUGGAAGCAUGAAUGUCCUUUAUUCCUGUACUCAUAAUGAUUGUGCUAUCCACUGAUGGCUUGUGCUAGAUUCAGGUGCAGAUGUAAAAGGAACAGUAACAUAGACUGCAAGUUAGCCUUUUGGUCAGAAACUGCAAUACUUGGCAUCAUAGUGCACGAUAGUGUUGGUAAACAAAACCUGGCACAUUUGGCCUGCACCGAAAAAUACAUAAAAUAAAGUACAAAGUAGAAGUGCAGGUUAUAUGCGAGUUUUACUUUCAGGCAUGGCUUUAGGGUAGGACACUCUGUAUUGCCAUGAAGCCCUACCUGAAAGCCAAAAUUUCCAUAUAAACGUCUAUUGUACUGCCAGGAAGCUGGGCACUACACUUCAGUCUGAGGCUGUAGUGAAAGCAGUCAUCAGUGAGCACAGACAAAACAAGAUUAUUUCUGGAGCUCUGCCUCAUGCUGAGAGUGGUUCUGAAUUCGUAAUUAUUAUAUUAUUACUAUAAUUAUUAUAGUCCGCUAGCUCAGGCUGACCUCUCUGUCUUCCACAAAAUUCUAUCUCUGAUUAUUAUAGAUAUAUUUGUUUUGUCCUCUAGAGCUUGUGCAGGUUUUCCUAAGCUUCAGAGGUUGUAUUUUGCAGUGCAGGUUAUUCAAAUGGGCAAGCUGUAUGAAGGAAAAUGUGGCACUUGCUAACUACUAGAAGUUGCAACAACACACUGCUCCAGAUUACUUUGUUCGCCAGUGGCUGUUCUGAGAGUUCUGUUUUUCAUGAAGUCAUUGCUUACUAUUAACAUGUUGCAAGGCACCACGGGCGUGCAUUUUCACUUAAGUAUAAAAACAAUUGCCUGCAAUUAGCAUCUAUAUUUUUGGUACUGUCAUUAACUGUAGAUGGCUUUCAUUGACACAUCUGUUGCAUUGUCUUGUCAGUUGCAUAUUGCCACAACAAAGCUGAAAGCUGCAUUUACUGAAGCACUAAUGUGCAGACAAUGUGCUUGUCAUGUAUACAUACAGGCAUAAUAUUAGCAUAGCUGCUAUGCAGGAAAGCACAUCUUUUUCUGUUUUGUCUUGUAGUGUUGGCAAUUGUAAGUAAUAAUUCUUUUAUGUACAUGGCAGAAACAGAUAUAUAUUCACUUUUGAUAUAUGUAUGUGUAUAUAAUUGCUAGGGCUGUGUUGAUGAAACAUUUGACAAAAGCCAGCCUUGGAUGCGUUUAUGCAUGCUCAGGGUAAAUCCAUUUGCAAAACACAUUUAUCUCAGGAGCAUGAGAAAAAACAGAUUGUUGAAACUUCCAUUUGACAACUAUGUUGUAAAGUUCAUGUUUUUAGUUGUUUUGUUAAGGAAGCUGUUGUGUAGGCCUGUUGAGAACGAGCACGUGGUGUAUGUCAAGUGGGACCGAUUUGGCAUACUUUUAAUGUAGUUUGCAUAGCAGGUUAUUUGGAAGAUUCCAAUAAUUGAUUUUAGCUCAUCAAGGUUUCAGCAUAUUACUCUUUAACUGCUGUACCGACUUUGAACGUUCUAGCUGAUCAUCCAAAGAAGAGCUCUGUUGGAGUAUUCUGGAGAAGCGCAACUUUUAGUUGACUUACUUCAUUGCUCAUUCAAGUGUACUUGUGGAGGCCUUCCCCCUUUACAAUAUGUUGAGAUUCCUGAUGUCUUGAUCUUGUAAAAAAUUAACUUGUAUUCACCUGUGGGCUGUUGGGAAGUUUUUGUAGAUGUUGAUGUAUUCUCAUCUUGUAUGUGCAGUUUGCCCUGUAUGUUUGAUGUCUCCAUUAGUCUAUUUUUUAUCUGAUGCAUUUGGAGACUUGUUAGCAUAUGUUUAUGGUGUUUUUUGUGCAUCUUUUGUGUGCUACUGUCAGCGUCAAAAGGCAUGGGGACGGUCAGAGUAAACAUUUCAGUCACAUAGCUGUGUCCGCUUUUUUUUUUUCCUCCCUUUAAAUUCAAGUGAUCUCCUGAAGCUUCAUUGUAUGGGUAUGUGCAAAGCAUAGUGUUCUCUAUAGCUCAAUUUUUUUUUCUGUUGUUUUUUUUUUACUAAUACGGCUGUUUAUUUUUACUAUGAGACACAUUAUUCACUUGUCAUUUUUUUACAAAUGUCACUAUCAAAAAUGGCUUGUGGACUGCUCUCAUAUAGUAGGUCAGGUCUGUAGUGCAGAUCAAAUAAUAAAGUCAUGUCUCCCGUGGUCAGAUGUAAGCUAAGCAAACUGUCCAUGAAGACUAACCAGUGUGUUCGUAUUUGGUGUUGUGUUCGAAGUAGUUACAGCUGCCUACUUUUCUAUGACCUUCAACAUUAGAGGUAUGCAUUAAUGAGAAACCAUUCAUAAGGCAGUUUGACUAGUCAUCAGGGUCACUACUGCAGUAAUUUGCUGAAAAUGCUACCUCAUAGAGGCAACUUGACAUUGUACAUUACUCUGCUGUUAUUGGUGGCUUAGCCCAUUGUGUCAAACAUGUGUAGCUUGAUUUGCUACAUGCACAUGUUUAGGGCCAUACCACUGUGCAGUGCUUCUAUUGAACAACGUUAGAAUGAUUGGUGACAGCAAGCAUUAGGCGGUGGUCCAAAAAAGUAAAUAAAACAGAUUGUUAUUGCAGUGUGCUGCUGUAUUUGAAAGAAGCUAGGAUAGCAACUUCUUGUUUGUUAAGGGUUGGUUUUAUUAUUCCUGGGUAGCAAUGGCAUAUUGCAUAGUUGCACAAGCAGCAGUAAUUCUUAAAGUUUACCCUCGUGUAUUCUUACAACUGCUCUUGUUAAAUGGCUACGUAGACUCGUGUAAUAGCUAAGCUUUCUUUCUCUUUUAUAUCCUUUUUUUUUACAUAUAUGCAAAAUUAAGGGGUGUAUACGCCCACACAAACAUUACUGUAGCUGGAUAUUUCUGUACAGAAGUUAUGUUCUUCACACAAAGAUGCUACCCACAUAUACAGGAAUAAAUGAUUUGGCCUAUACUUUAUAGACACGCUGAGAAUGCUGAUGUGCAUAGCGCACUAGCAAGUACAAACCGUGUCAAUAUACAACAAUGGUUUUGCAUUGAAACUUCAAAACGUGGUUAGUUGUUUCCUGUCAUAGGAAGGUGGCAGUUAUCACCUGCUGUGGUUAUUGAAGUGUGGUGUAUAGACGGGUAGGAUUUAAGGUGCACUUUCUUCUUGGAAACUUUUACUUCAUGUUGAAAGUGUGGUAAUCCUACAAGCAUGGCUAUUACUUGAGCCUUUGUGGUAUCUGCAGCUGGGAAAUGGUGCCUUGUGAUUUUUUGUGACCCAACGAAUAACUGAUGUUGCUAAAUGUACAAUAAAUGAGCCUUUGGGUUCAGAAAACUGAAACUGAAGGAAUAAAUUAAAUAGAAGACUUGUAUUUGCUGGUUUGCUUUUAUGGGGCACUCACUUAUCUUACUGUGCGAUGUGAGAACCCUGCUUUAUAGGCAAUCACUAAUUUAAAUGUCUUUGGCGAGCUUUGACCAAUGUGCUUCAGUGAAACCCCUUUUUUGGGUGAGUUUGCUCAAAAUUGCUAUGAAAGGCAUCUAAGCAGGAAAAAAAGAAAACACACACACAAAAGAAGGACAUUGAGGACAUGUGCUCAUUGUAGUCACCUUUUUUUCCUUGUGUUUGUUUGACACUCGGAUUCCUUUUUUUGACCACUAAAGUGCUGAUAAGCACAGGCUGCUUUUAUUAGCCUCUACAGCAGGGUGGGAAAAUCUAAUGUGAUAUGGUUGAAGUUUAAACGACUUAUCAAUGAUUUGAACUAAUGUGAUAUGAUGUGUCACAUAAAAUUGUUAGCUUUGUGUAGCAGAACGACAACAGUUGCAUUACGUACUGCCAGUCAUUUACCUAGGUGUACUAGUGGCCUUCAGUUUAUAUUUGUUGUGUCUAAGACGUUGUGUUUGUACGUGAUCUGUCUGCAGUUCAACAGUGUUGCAAGAAGCUGUAAUUGAAUGUGUGGCUUUGAUGAAGGGAUUCCGUGCGGCAUUCGUCGUCGUUCUCGCAAACCCCCUCCCUUUCACCAGGAUACUUGGCUCCUCAAACGCUGUGCCCUUCGUAAGAUGACUUCGCCUAUCCAAGGACAAGGUGUUACUGACGAGUCCAUGGCCUUGCCGGUCGCGACUCCUCGAGCCGAACCGGAUCAAGCGACUGGUGAGCUUGCGCCGUGUGUGCCGCACGCCAGCGCCGAGGAAGAGCUCAGUCAGUUUCCCAGUGGGGCAGCCCUGGCGGCUGCCAAGGAGGCGCACUCCUCGUUGAGCCUUUACAGCGGCAAUUACAACGUCGCCAUUUUCGCCGCCCUCACCACCGGCGCCACCGUGGGCAUAGUGCUGCGCGGCCUGUCUACCAAGCCAUGGCCGGCACGACACGUCAUGUACCUGGCGUUCCCGGGCGAGUUGCUGAGGCGCAUGCUGCGCGAGGCGGCGCUCCCUCUGUGCGCGUCGAGCGUGAUCGCCGCCACGGGCAGCAUGCAGCGGCCGCUGUCGCUGCGCGUCGCCUGCUUCUCGCUCUUCUACGCGGUGGUCGUCAAGCUGGCGUCGCAGGGGAACGCCGUGCUGACCACGCUCGCGGUGCAGCCGGGUCGCGUCUUCGAGGCCGGCGAACUCCAGCGCCUGCUCGACGCCGUGCCGCCGCACGCACGACUGUACGAGCAUCCGUGGAACGGCACCGCCACCGACGUGCUCUACGACAUCGCCAGGACACUACUUCCGGAUAACAUCGUCGAAACGUUUCUAUACACAGACAUCGAUGAGCUAGUACCCUUUCCGAACAAGACGGGCGUGCACGUGGCCCCUUCGUCGCGGCUUGUCGCCCACCAGGCGAGCUUGCUGCUGUUCUGCGCCAUGCUGGGCGUCGUCCUGUCGACCCACGGAGGCAGCGGCACGCUCCUGGGUUUCUUCAUCGGCCUCAGCAACGCCAUGAUGUUCCUGGCGCACUUCAUACUGCUCUACGCACCGUUCGGACUGUUCUUCGCCACGGCCGCCUUUGUCGUGCAGACGCGCAACCUGCAGCCCCUGGCCUCCCACCUGGCGCUGUACCUGUUCACCGUGGGGCUGUCGCUGGUGGUGCACGCGCUGGUCGUGCUGCCGUUCGUGCUGGCGACCGCCACGGGGCGCAGCUUCCGUGGCCUGCUCCAGAACGCGGCCACCCCGCUGGCGGUGGCGUUCGGCGCCGCGUCGAGCAGCGAGACCGUGCCGCCCGCCAUCGCCGCGCUCGAGGAGAGCCUCAACCUGGACACCAGGAUCGUCCGGCUCCUGGUUCCCAUCGCGGCAGUUCUGAACACAGAUGGCACAUCAAUCUACAUCACCAUCAGCGCCCUGUUCUUCGCCCAGACGAAGACUGACUACGUUGAUCUUCGCACGGUCUUGCUUGUCUGCGCCCUGUCUGUGCUGUGCAGUAUGGCGGCGCCCACGACAGGCGGUCCGAGUUACCUGAGGGUCCGUCUGAUCCACGAAGCCGUCGGAAUGCCGACGGAUACCAUCGGGAUUCUCUUUAUCACAGACUGGAUUGUAAGCCGCCUGGCGACCGUGGUGGACGUGCUAACGGGUCUCGUUAGCGUCUAUGUGGUGCAGCACUAUUGCGGCUUGGAAGAACAGCCCACCAUGGAGGAUGCGAACAGGGACAUCCCGCCUGAGUAGUGUCCUCUCGAUGAGAGCGCACUGCCAGGAAACACUAACUCGCGUCUUGUCAGUCAUUUAAUGUGAUACCCGUGAUAAGAGUUCUAUACACUUUCAAUGCAAACUGGUUGAUUUAGUUUUUGAUUGAUUGAGUUUAACAUUACAAAGCACCAAUUCCGAUUUUUUAAAAUUUAUUUUACUUGUGCGCAAUGCGCGGUACACGAAUAUGGAGUCCAUCACGCGACCACAUGCUCAGCAGCAGAAUGUCAUUGCCGCUGCUCGCCACCGUAGCAAUUGAUUGAAUGAAGAGCUGUACACAUCUGCCAAA